AUGAGCGCGGGGCCGCGAUGGCCAGCACCCGGCAGCCUGCCUGCGCUCUGCGCCUCGCUGAUCCUGCUGGGUCUGCAGCUGCCACCCGUGCGCACCGAGGGGAAACUCUUCCUGCUGGAGUCUCAGAACGGCUCUCAGGGCCUGGACCUGGAGGCGGCUCGGCUCUCCUGCAGGAGCAGGGGUGCCCACCUGGUGUCCGCUGGGGAGCUGAAGAGGGUGGUCCAAGACUGUGCCUUCGCAGUGUGCACGACAGGCUGGCUGGCUGACGGCACCCUUGGGACAACUGUGUGCAGCAAAGGGAGCGGCGAACAGCCAAUCGCGAGAGCUGUCGAUGUGAGAAUUGACAGCCACCCUGUUCCCGGUGGCAAGUACAAUGCCCUUUGCAUUAAGGAUGAAGAGAGGCCGUGUGGAGACCCACCAUCCUUCCCACACACCAUCCUCCAGGGUCGCACCGGCUUGGAGAUGGGGGACGAGCUGCUGUAUGUGUGUGCACCAGGCUCCGUCCCAGGCCGUCGAGAGACCGCCUUCACCUUGCUGUGCAACAGCUGUGGGGAGUGGUACGGACUGGUACAAGCCUGCGGGAAAGAUGAGGCCGAGGCCCACAUUGACUAUGAAGACAAUUUCCCAGAUGACAGAUCUGUGUCACUCAGGGAAGUCAUGGAAGACUCCCGGGCAGACGGAGACGAGGAAAAGGCUCAGGAGGACGCCUCUGAGGAGACACCAAAACAAGACCGUCUGGUCUUCACCUCUGUGUCUAAAGAAAACAUAGCCCAGGAAAAAGCCUUCAUGCCGACCACAGGUUUGCCCGGCGUUGGGAGCAGGGUCCACACAGACUGGCCCAGAUCCCGCCUAAACAGGAAGUACUCACUCUGGUUUCCGGAUGAGACUUUCCACAAGUCAGAGCUGGAAAAGGAAGUGGGGGAUGAGAUCAAAGAUCCACUUCCUGCUGGAGAAAAUCACAGCGAAGGAAAACUGUCCCCGGGGGAGUCUGAAACCAGGCUGGUCUAUGCCACCACCUACGGCCCCUCAGAGCCGUUUGUGGAUAGGAACGACAGCAGAGCGGAGGACCCGGUGGUGAGCAGCAGCGACGACUCUUGGUUAGAUGGCUACCCUGUGACAGAUGGAGCCUGGAGGAAGGUGGAGGCAGGGCGAGAGGAUGAUGGGUCAGUGGGACUGGACGAAAGUGUCCUCGUGACCCCUGAGCAGCCUACUGGGCGAGUUAAGGUGCAGAGCACCACCGUCACCACAAGCGAAUCUGUGAUACACAGUUCCAUUGUUCCGUCUCAAAUGCUUGAUAUAGAGGCACUGAUUCCAGGACCCAUGGAUGUGUCCGAGACUGAGGGUCCCCACACCGGCGAUGGUGACUUGACUAUGUAUCAAUCAACUAUACCCCGGAGAGUCACCACAGAGUGGUCACCCAUGGCCACUUUACCCUAUGAACUCACCACCUCCACCCAAGAGACGGUACCAACAACUGUGCAGCAGACACUUAAGCUCAACCCCUCGACUAGUGUGGAGGCUACCCAGCCUCCAGCAGAGGCCACCCAGCCUCCAGCAGAGGCCACAGCUCCUGGGGUUCAGGACAACUUCCCAUACCUACUGUCUGAGGACUUCUUGGGACAGGAGGGUCCUGGGCCUGGUGCAAGCGAGAAGUUUCUUCCAACCUUGGCACCAUGUGUGGGGAACGAGUGUCCCAGCUUAAGGAAAGGCCCAGUGAUCGCCAUCAUUGUCACUGUCCUGUGCCUGCUGCUGCUCCUGGCGGUCGUGGGGGCUGUGUGGGGCUACCGCAGGUACCAGCACAAGAGCUCAGUGUACAAGCUGAACGUAGGACAGCGGCAGGCUAGACACUACCACCAGCAGAUCGAGAUGGAGAAGGUCUAG